AUGGAUACCAAUAUUCAAGUUCUUCACAUGAAUGGCGGGGAAGGAGAGACCAGCUAUGCAAAGAAUUCAGACGUACAGAGGAAGAUAAUGAGCUAUGAAAACCCUAGUAUUGAGGAAGCAGUAAACGACAUUUUGUGCAAGAAUUUCCCGGAGAGCAUGGGCAUUGCAGAUCUAGGCUGUUCAUCGGGGCCUAACACUUUAAUGUUCAUAUCAAAAGUCAUAGACUUGGUAACCUACAAAAGUGUUACAAUGGGUAAUUCGCUCCCAAAGUUGAGGAUUUCUCUUAAUGAUCUUCCAGGCAAUGACUUCAACAAUAUAUCCGCGUCAUUGCCGGCAUUCUACCAGAAGCAGGAAGAAGAGAAGGGUAAAGGUUUCCGGAACAAUUGUUUCAUAGCAUGCAUGGCAGGUUCGUUUUAUGGAAGGCUGUUUCCUAAGAAGAGUCUGCAUUUUGUUCACUCUUCCACAAGUCUUCAUUGGCUAUCUCAGGCAGUUUUACAAAUAUUUAAAAUCCCAAGUGAAACAAAAAUAAUGAUUCGGAGAGUUUUAUACAUGUCUGUAACUUAUAAAGCUACCAUAUUUAUGAUGCUACUAUAA